AUGGGUAACCAUAUUUUGGAGGCUAACAUUACGCGGGAGUACAUUUCCGAAAACUCCGGCAAAAUAAGACGGGACUUCGCGUUCGCUGCGCCCGUAGUGGUGCUACUCAUAGUUGUGAUGGUGGUUUUAAUCGUCGUUAUUGUGUUGGGGAACGCACUCAUCAUCCUCGCCUUCAAGAUGGACAGGAGUUUGAGGAGGCAGAGCAACUACUUUUUAUUAAACCUAGCCAUUUCAGAUUUUCUUGUUGGGGCCUUCUGUGUUCCUGUGUACUUGCCCUACACUCUGACAGGUAAAUGGAUGCUGGGCCGGCAUCUCUGUAAGCUGUGGCUGGUCAUGGACUACCUCCUGUGCGCGGCGUCCGCCUUCAACAUCGUCCUGAUCAGCUACGACCGCUUCCUCUCCGUCACCCGAGCGGUGUCGUACCGGGCCAGGCAGGGCAUGACACGCUGUGCCCUGGGCAAGAUGGCAGCUGUCUGGGUUCUGGCCUUCCUCUUGUACGGCCCAGCCAUCCUGUUGUGGGAGCACGUGACCGGCAAGAGCCAUGUCCCCGAGGACCAGUGCUUCGCCGAGUUCUUCCACACCUGGUACUUCCUGCUCUGUGCGUCCACGCUUGAGUUCUUCUUCCCUUUCCUGUCGGUGACCUUCUUCAACCUCAGCAUCUACCGCAGCAUCCGCGAGCGCCGGGCCCGCCACGGGCCGGACCCGCGGGCCCUCGCCCAGGCCGGCCGCCAGCGCCUGCGCAUGGCCUCCUGCAUCUGCCGCGGGCCCCUGGCACCGCCCGAGAACAGGGCCGAGCCCGACGGCGCUGAGCGGCCCGGCCGAUCCAUGCGCGGCGGCAGCCAGUGCUCGCGCCUGGCGCAGGACAAGAAGAUCGCCAAGUCGCUGGCCAUCAUCGUGUGCGUGUUUGCGCUCUGCUGGGCGCCCUACACACUGCUGAUGAUAAUACGGGCCGCCUGCAGGGGGCGCUGCGUCUCGAGCCACUGGUACGAGGUCACCUUCUGGUUGCUGUGGCUGAACUCAGCCAUUAACCCUUUCCUCUACCCGCUGUGCCACAGCAGCUUCCGCAGGGCCUUCGCCAAGAUCCUGUGUCCGAAGCCGAGGUCCACGCAGACCCCACACGAUCACCCGGCCACCGCCCAGAGAUAG